GGAACCGGAAGGUGUAGGGCGGGGCCAGGUGUGACCAGACGCUGUAGAGCCAGGUGUGGGUGUCCGGAAAAUCCUAAACUCAUGAACUGGAGAUCAGAAGGGAGUGCCCAGAGAACACAGUCGCUGGAGUCACAGGGACAAGAAUGUGCCCAGGAGGACAGAGGUGAAGAUGUACUCUCGGAAAGCCUCCAGCUUCUACAGAUUGAAGUGGAGUGUGAGCACCAAGGGCAAGAGGACGACCCGGCAGGCGGUGCAGCUCGGAGCUCGAAAAAUGUCCAAAGAAAGCAGAGACACUGGGAAAAGAUAGUCGCCGCAAAGAAGAGCAAAAGAAAGCAAGAAAAAGAAAGAAGGAAAAUCAGCCGCGCAGAGAACCCAGGCACCUGCCCCCAGCACAGCAAACGCGUUUUGAAAGCCUUAACCAAAGAGAAACUUUUGGAGGCCAAACACUCAGGACCAAGAUUAUGUGUCGACUUGAGCAUGACCCACCACAUGUCAAAGAAGGAAUUGAGUAGAUUGGCUGGACAGAUCCGAAGGUUGUAUGGUUCAAACAAAAGAGCCAGCAGGCCUUUUUGGAUCUGCCUCACUGGAUUCACAACUGACAGUCCUCUCUAUGAAGAAUGUUUGAGGAUGAAUGAUGGAUUUUCUGCUUACCUGCUAGACAUUACAGAAGAAGACUGCUUUAGUUUAUUUCCUCUGGAAACCCUUGUGUACCUUACUCCUGACUCAGAACAUGCUCUUGAAGACAUUGACCUAAACAAAGUUUAUAUCCUUGGAGGACUUGUAGAUGAAAGCAUUCAGAAGAAAGUGACAUUUCAAAAGGCCCGAGAAUAUUCUGUCAAGACAGCUCGCUUGCCAAUCCAGGAAUACAUGGUCAGGCGCCAGAAUGAGAAAAAUUAUCAUUCAGAGAUACUGGCCAUCAAUCAAGUGUUUGACAUCCUGUCUACUUAUUUUGAGACUCACAAUUGGCCUGAAGCAUUGAAGAAAGGAGUUUCUUCAGGAAAAGGUUACAUUCUUCGGAAUUUGGUAGAAUGACGGGCAGCCUAAUAUUCCAGCUGCAUUGGGCGAAGCACCGGAGGAGGUGUCUUGACCAAAGAACAGGGCGAAUGGUGGCGGCAGCACACACUUGCCUUGUUAUCUUGACUCUUUGUAAGGUACAGGGACCACAUUUAUGCUUUGUAUCACCCACAGUGUCUGGUUCACAGGAAAUGCCCUGAUAAUACAUUAAGGAUAAAAAAGAAAGUUUUCCAGGCAUGGUGGUGCACACCUUUAACCCUAGUGCUCAGAGGCAGAGGCAGGCGAAUUUCUGUGAAAUCAAGCCAGCCUGGUGGUCUACAUAGUGAAUUCCAGGCC